AUGCUGCGAGUAAGAUGUCUGAGAGGAGGUAGCAGGGGGGCCGAGGCUGCCCAUCUGAUCGGAGCCAUGCUUGGCCGGGCGGUGACUGGAUGGGUGCAGAGGACCUUCCAGAGCACUUCGAGUGCAGCUGCUGCACAUUCACAUCGUGCAGUUGAAGAGGAACAUGUUACUGAACCUGUACAGCAGGAGUGUCCUGUCUGCGCUUACAAUGAAUGGGAUCCUCUGGAGGAGGUGAUUGUGGGUCGUGCUGAGAAUGCCCAGGUGCCUCCCUUCACUGUGGAAGUGAAAGCCAACACAUAUGAGAAGUAUUGGCCCUUCUACCAGCAGUAUGGGGGCCAGUCUUUUCCUGCGGACCACUUGAAAAAAGCUGUUGCCGAGAUUGAAGAAAUGUGCAAUAUUCUGCGCCAAGAGGGCGUCACUGUGGUGAGGCCAGAACCCCUCGACUGGUCGAUGGAGUACAAAACUCCAGACUUCCAAUCAUCAGGAAUGUAUGCUGCCAUGCCCAGAGACAUUCUUAUGGUUGUGGGAAAUGAGAUUAUCGAGGCUCCUAUGGCGUGGAGGGCUCGCUUCUUUGAGUACCGAGCCUACAGACCUCUGAUCAAGGAGUACUUCAGAAGAGGUGCCAAAUGGACCACAGCUCCUAAACCCACCAUGUCUGAUGAACUGUAUGAUCAGGACUACCCCAUCCGCACCGUAGAAGACAGACACAAGCUGGCCGCCGAGGGGAAGUUUGUGACCACAGAACACGAGCCCUGCUUUGAUGCUGCAGAUUUCAUCCGAGCUGGGAGGGAUCUUUUUGUCCAAAGGAGUCAGGUUACAAAUUAUAUGGGAAUUGAGUGGAUGCGUCGUCAUCUGGCACCAGACUACAAGAUCCAUAUAAUCUCCUUCAAGGACCCCAACCCUAUGCACAUCGAUGCCACUUUUAACAUCAUCGGGCCAGGACUUGUGCUGUCAAACCCUGAUCGCCCAUGUCGCCAGGUUGACAUGUUCAAGAAGGCCGGCUGGACUAUUGUGAAACCUCCAACACCUCUGAUUCCUGAUGACCAUCCUCUGUGGAUGUCGUCUAAGUGGCUGUCCAUGAACGUCCUGAUGCUGGAUGAGAAGCGCGUCAUGGUUGACGCCAAUGAAAGCUCCAUUCAAAAAAUGUUUGAGAGUCUUGGUAUUAAGACCAUUAAGGUGAGCAUCCGCCAUGCCAACUCCCUGGGUGGUGGCUUCCACUGCUGGACAACCGAUGUCCGCCGCCGUGGUACCCUGCAGUCCUACUUCCACUAGUCAUGCCAGAAAUAGGCAGUUUUUAUUGAGCUUUGAAGAUUAAAGCCUCAGUCCCAAAUCUUAACAGAACCGUAAUUGUUGAAUCUUUAUUGUCAGUUGAUCGCGUGUGUAGACACAGGUUAAUGAAGGUUGGAGCUUUGUGAUACAAAAAAUGUGCUGUUGGGAAAUUAGGAAACCCAUCUUAAAAAGUACACACAUUCAACAUAUGUGUGUUUGGAGUAUCACACCUGAAGUAAUGGUUACUUUGACCUGAACAGGUGGCACCAGAGUCCUUUUCUAGAUUGGGUCUUUCUCUCCUAAAUGAACCUGUAUGAAUAGUUUUGACUUGGCAUUGCUGUGCAUCAGAGUGCUUUUGCAAACAGCUUUGUUCAGAUAUUUACGCUCAUUAGCAACAAAUGAACAUCACAUCAAUCAGUAAUCUCAAUAUUAACUGCAUUUCUGGCCUGGCUAUUGUGAAGCUGAAUUGUUUAUGGCUUGUUCAUCUUGAAGCCAGAACAUUUGAGGACAAGGUACAAUUUGGUAUUUGAGAGUCACCUAGCAAAGGGCACAGGGGGAGAUAAACUACCUCCUCUCUCUUUUUCCAACAUAUUUUUUUACGUAAAGAAAUGUACAAAAAGUUGUUACGUAGGGUAUUGAACAAGAUUCAUUUCUUAUUUCUACUAGUAUUUUUGUAAAGAUUUUAAUUGAUUGAACAGACAAAGUUCUAUUUAUAUUUUCAUACUCUUUAUUGGAUUUCCCAAAAAUUGGUGUUUUUAUACUUAAGAAGUAGGUGGUCCAUAUCACAUAUUGUACACCUUUUUGCCUCCACUGUUUUCUCCUAUUGCAAACUGGGCCAGUUACAUGCUACUAGUCAUUCUGUCUGAACUGCUUGGCUGCUUUUUGAGUGAAAAGCAAAGACGCCUAAAGAAUUAAUCAUGUUUUGUUGUGAUGUUUUGUACUAUAUAACGUUAUUAAAUCUAAUUCAAAACUU